AUGAGUAAUACUGAUGAUAGCAUGAACGUGCGGAGUCACUGCUCAGCUUCAAAAUCGUCAUUAAAACCACACAAUCUGCCAUUUCCCAUUCAUGGCUCUACAAUUGAAUGUCAUGGUGAUGACGGUAUCGAAACUACUGGGGAUAUUGCCGCACCUCUUCACGUAUCGACAACUUUUGUUUCCGGCGCACCAGAAUCAUGUGGUCAAGUAUACAGUCGAUUGAAUACUGUUACCAGGACACGAGUCGAAGCAUUGCUUGGAGCAGUAGAAGGUGGUCAAGCAAUAACUUAUUCGAGUGGACUUAGUGCAGCGACAGCGCUAAUUCAUUGCAUUAAACCACGACGCAUGUACGUCGAUGCAGGCUAUCAUGGCGUAAGAGCUGCAUUUAAACUUUGGAGCGAACGUGGAAGCUUUGGAAGUGAAAUAUUUGAAGUUUUUACUUUAGAACAAUGUAAACAACUGUAUGAACAAAGGGAAAGUCAGCCUCGUACAGAGCGUACACUUUGGCAUCCGGUGGAUACGAAAGAAGAGCGUGCUCUCGACUUGAUUUGGGUUGAGAGUCCAAACAAUCCAUAUGCGAAUGUGGCUGAUAUUGAGUGGUUUUCGGAACUAGCCUCUCGAACUGGCGCUUGCCUUGCAGUUGACAGCACCAUUUCAUCUCCACUUGGUCAACGUCCACUUGAGCACGGAGCGCAUGUAGUCAUGCAUGCAUCAACCAAAUAUCUCGCUGGGCACAGUGAUUUACUUGGUGGUGUUCUCAUUGUGCACUCUUCAUUAUCUGAUGUGCUCGCUUGUAAACUCCUAGCGGAACGCACUAUUGAUGGCGCUGUUAUGGGUAAUCUAGAAACAUGGCUUCUACUAAGAUCGAUUAGAACUCUUUCCCUUCGUGUUCGACGACAAUGUCAGACAGCGUCAAUCGUAGUUGAAUGGCUUGAGAAACAACGGAUAGAUGGGCGUAAAGUGAAGAAAGUUCAUCAUCCGAGUUUAGCGUCACACCCAAAUUACUCUAUCGCUACUCGGUAUCUUCUUCUUCCACCGGCUACGUUUAGCUUCGAACUUGAGUCCGAGUCUCAGGCCAAAUCCUUUGCUCAAUCGUUGAUUCUCUGUACCCCAGCUACCAGUUUGGGUGGCGUCGAAACAUUGAUUGAUUGGCGUCACAUGCACGAUACCAGUGUCAGCGCUGCCCUCUUAAGAGUGUCCAUUGGCCUCGAAGAGUCGGAAGAUAUCAUUCAAGACUUCGAACAGGCAUUGAACAAAGCCAAAUAA